AUGGUGGGAGAACGAUUUAUUUGGUGGCUGGUUGGAAAACGACUUCUUCGGUGGCUAUUACGAGAAAGACUUCUUCGGUGGCUAGUAGGACAGCAACUUCUUCGGUGGCCAGUGGGACAUCGACUUCUCGUUGGCUGGUGGGAGAACAACUGCUUCGAUUGCUGGCGGGAUAACGACGUCUUCGGUUGCUGGCGGGACAACGACGUCUUCGGUGACUGGCGGGACAACGACGUCUUCGGUGGCUGGUGGGACAACGACUUCUUCGGUUGCUGGUUGGACAAUGACGUCUUCGGUGGCUGCUGGAAGAAGAACUCAUUCGGUGGCUGGCAGGAUAACGACGUAUUCGGUGGCUGGUGGGAGAAGAACUCCUUCGGUUGCUGGCGGGACAACGACGACUUCGGUGGCUGGUGGGACAACGACUUCUUCGGUGGCUGGUGGGACAAUGACGUCUUCGGUGGCUGGUGGGACAACGACUUCUUCGGUUGCUGGCGGGACAACGACGUCUUCGGUGGCUGGUGUCAGACGAACUCCUUCGGUGGCUGGCAGGAUAACGACGUAUUCGGUGGCUGGCGGGACAACGACGUAUUCGAUGGCUGGCGGGACAACGACGUAUUCGAUGGCUGUUUGGAGAACGACUUUUUCGGUGGCUGGUUUACAAACGACUUCUUCGUUGGCUGGCGUGACAACGAUGUCUUCGUUGGCUGGCGGGACAACAAUGUCUUCGGUGGCUGGCGGGAGAACGAGUUCUUCAGUGGCUGGUUAGAAAACAACUACAUCGGUGGCUGGUGGAAAAACGACUUAUUCGUUGGCUGGUUAGAAAACGAUUGCUUCGGUAGCUGGUGGGAGAAUUACUUAUUCGGUGGCUGGUGGGACAAUGACGUCUUCGGUGGCUGGCGGGACAAAGACGUCUUUGGUUGCUGGCGGGACAAUGACGUCUUCGGUUGCUGGUGGGACAAUGACGUCUUCAGUUGCUGGUGGGACAGUGACGUCUUCGGUGGUUGGCGGGACAACGAUGUCUUCGGUGGCUGGUGGGACAAUGACGUCUUCGGUGGCUGGCGGGACAAUGACGUCUUCGGUUGCUGGCGGGACAACGAUGUCUUCGGUGGCUGGCGGGACAACGAUGUCUUCGGUGGCUUGCGGAACAAUGACGUCUUCGGUGGCUGGUGGGACAAUGACGUAUUCGGUGGCUGGCGGGACAACGAUGUCUUCGGUGACUGGCGAAACAACGAUGUCUUCGUUGGCUGGCGGGACAACGAUGUCUUCGUUGGCUGGCGGGACAACAAUGACUUCGGUGGCUGGCGGGAGAACGAGUUCUUCGGUGGCUGGUUGGAAAACAACUACAUCGGUGGCUGA